UCUCAACCACUCCAAGCGACAUUAAUUUGUUAAAAGCCAUAGAUAGAAUCCAAUAACUAUAUUGUUAAAGAGACUUAUAAUUUUGUAACUUCCGGGAUUUUCUCAGGUAACGGAAUGAGACGCAUGAAAUGGCCUAUCAAAUCUUCUACGGCACCGUGAUCCAUUCACUCGGUCCGUCAGAGCUCAUCAUACUCGAGAGCGCCUUACUCGUAGUUGACGCCAAUGGCAAGAUAACUAACCUAGUAGAAGAUAUUCCCAAGGAUAAAGUACCUUCAAUACUAUCAUCAUUAGGCAUCUCCUCCUCCUCCUCAGCCCUCGAGGAAGUGCGCUACCUAGCCCGCGGCCAAUUCUUAAUCCCAGGAUUCGUCGACACGCACAACCACGCGCCACAAUGGGCGCAACGCGGCCUAGGGCAAAGCAUGCACAUCCUCGACUGGCUAGAACAAGUCACUUUCCCCAACGAGGCAAGGUUCCGGGACCCGGCGUACGCGCGCCGCGUCUACUCGAGCUGCGUCGACGGCUUCCUAAAGCAGGGGGUCACUACGGCGUCGUACUACGGCUCGCUCCACGCGGAAGCCACCAGGAUCCUCGCGGAUAUAUGCUUGGAGAAGGGCCAGCGCGCCCUCGUCGGCAAGUGCAAUAUGGACCGGAACGCGCCGGAAUACUACCGGGACGCGAACGCCGCGGCGUCGCUUGCGGAUACGCAAGACUGCAUCGCGCACGUGCGGCGUAUCGAUCCGGAAGGCGUGCUGCUCAGACACGUGCUGACCCCGCGUUUUGCCAUUUCUUGUUCGCCGGAGCUGCUCGAGGGGCUCGGCGUGCUUGCGGCGGCGAACCCGGAUCUACCGAUCCAAACGCAUUUCAACGAGGCCGAGCAGGAGAUGAAGUUUACGCAAGAGCUGUUUCCGCAGUUCAAGGACAGCGAAGCGGACCUAUACGCGCACUAUGGGCUGCUAGGCAAGCGCUCGAUCCUCGCUCACUGCUGUCAUAUGAGCGAGCAUGAAAUGAGCCGCGUCGCGGAGCUAGGGUGUGGUGUUGCGCAUUGUCCCGUCUCUAACAUGACGGUUGGUGGGGGAUUUAUGGCCGCGCCAGUUCGCGAGUUCCUACGGCGCGGCAUCAAAGUGGGACUUGGAACCGACAGCGGGGGCGGGUUCUCAAGCAGCAUUCUAGAUGCAAUGAGACAAGCCCUCGUAGCAUCGAAUGCGCGGGAAGUAAUGAGCGGGGGUGAGCACAAAGGGCUUAAUAUAGGGGAAUUAUUCUAUCUAGCUACGUUAGGAGGCGCAAAGGUGUGCAGUCUCGACAGCAGGAUUGGCAACUUCGAGGUUGGGAAGGAGUUCGAUGCCCUAUUCAUCGACGCGAAUGCGCUAGGUGUCAUGACUAUACUAGAGGAUGAAGACUCCGUUAGGACGAUAUUUAAUAAGUUUAUCAUGACUGGCGAUGACCGGAAUAUCAAGGAAGUGUAUAUACGUGGGCGAUCGGUCAAGUCUUAAAUAGAAUAGGAACUAAUGAAAUCUUCGUC